AUGGGAGAGAACUGGAAUUCGGACACGACGGGACUUUUACUCUGUUCUACACGGCAUCAAUCCCACGACUGCACGGCUCGCGAGGAGAGUUCUCGACUGGCUGAUGGACUCGGGGAAGCUGCCGAUGUACAACUUAGCCAGGAGGCUCGAGCUGGAAGCGGCGGCCUGAAGCGCCCCCGUUCGGAGGCCAGGAGGCCUCCUCUCUUUGUAUAUUUACGUGAUGAACCAUGGGAAAACUUGGAACUCCCCGUCGGGCACAAGGAAAUCGUGCAUGCCUUGGUAGACUCGCAUUUUUCCAAAGACAAGAGCAAAAACAUCCAGUUUGACCUUGUCAGCGGCAAAGGGAACGGUGUCAUUAUUCUCCUACACGGCGUGCCAGGGGGUUGGGAAAACAUCAACAGCAGAUUGCGCCGCACAGAGUUACGGCAGGCCGCUGCUGCCCAUUACAUGUGUAUCUGGCGCUCCCACAUUGCUACCGCUAAGAAGGAGAGCUGCAUUGAAGUCAACGAGGUUGAUCUGGUGCUAUACGCACAAGAAAUAUUUCAACGACAGAGUGAUCCCCAGUUCGGUCCUGUUUGGAAUGGUCGCCAGAUCCGGAAUGCCUUCCAGACAGCUGUCGCGCUGGCGGGCUUUCACAGCAAGGAUAACAGGUGUAUCAAGUUGGAACCUAAACACUUCAGCCAGGUCUUUAGCGUUUCGGACCAGUUCAGCAGUUACAUUUGGCUGGUCAAGCAGCGCAACUCGGACGCGCAGUGGAACGCCAUGCAGAUGCUCCGACGGGACGACUGGACUUAUGCAGGACCUCCUGGGGUAAAUCUAGCGACCAAUAACCAGCAAGGCGUCCAGGCGCCUCCUCGCUUUAGCAAUUUCCCACAGUUCAGCUUUGGGCAGCAAACUGGUCCUUCGAGAUCGACGGCCCCUUUCGGCGAUGGGAUGGGCACGGGAGGCAUGACCUUGACCGGCGGCGGUGCUGCCAACCAAUUUGGUAACAUCCAAACAACCUCCGACCAACAAUGGCAUACCCAUAACAUCCACUACCCCCUACCGGUCGGUCAAAGCAACGCAAACCUCCGGCUCCAGCCCACGCCCUCAACAGGCAUGGAAAACGACCAACAAAGACCUCACUGCCAAGAACAGACCCAGUCAUACGCGCAACUAAACCCCAGCCAUCAGCAGGGUCUAGUGCAACUGAACUAG